GUCGAUUUGACGUUGUCAGUCCGAUCCUGCCAUGCCGCGUGUGGACACGCGAUGUGCUCCACAAAGUCUGUCUAUUAAAUCGAGUAAAAAAGACGGACACUUUUGGCGAUUUCUCUCAGUCAUUUUUAUAGCUGCUUUUCUCGUGGCUUCAUAUUUUGUUUUGAAAAAACCCGACUCAUUAGGCGAUCCGUCGGAUCAGUUCGUCGUUAAAAAAAUCCCAAAAAUCUACACGAGGUUGGAAGGCGUCGAUCCAGAAGAACGUGAUGUAUUUCAAGGAUUCCGUACAUCGUUCCUACCCCCAGAAGAAAUAAUACUCGCUAAAACCCACUCGAAGGCUAAAAGGGAGAUCUUUGAGGGCAAUGUAACUAGUGAUAUUUUUAUUUGGGGUAGUUCAAGUAAAAAGCAUGCUACACCCACAAGAGUCAAACGUAGGAGCCACUUUACUUUUACCUCAGAAGACUAUAACCAAGACAACCCAUCACAUCAUAAACGGAAAGACGAAGGUAGUGAGAAUUAUGACAAUAGCAAUAACAACCAGAGCGAAACAGAAGAAGAAUACAAUUCUUCUGAUACAAGUGAUCAGUAUGACGAUGAUGAAAAUAUGGAAAGCAUAGUACCACCCGAAACACAUGUGGACCGUGGACCUUUAGAUGAUGUGGUAGAACAAGUGCGUGGUCAACCAGAAUUAGAAGAGGAGGAGAUGGUUUCUUCAGCACAUAUUUAUAAACCUUCAAGAUCGUACACAGGUAUACAUGCAUUUUGGAAAGGUCAAGGAGACAAAAAUACUAUUAGAAACACCCAAGCAAAUAUCAUGAGACAAUAUAUGGAUGCAGAAGCAGAUCCUUGUCAUGAUUUCUAUCAAUACGCUUGUGGCAACUGGGCAGCACUGAAUCCAAUACCUGCUGACAAGGCUGGUUAUGAUACAUUUGAGAUGUUGAGAGAAAAUUUAGAUACAGUUCUAAAGGAAUUGUUAGAAUUUAAACCUAGUGAACAUGUUAGUAGUAAAUAUCCAGGAGCUAAUUUAGAUCUCGAAGAUAAUUUUAUAACUAAAAUAUUACCCUCCGAUAAAACGAAUCCUACAGAACUAGACAAUUUAUUAGAAGAGUUAGAUGAAUCCGUCUCUGAACAAAAAUUAAACAAAACUAUAAUAGAAGAUCAUCACUAUGAUGUAAAAGAUAAAUCGGAAAUAGUGAAUCGCAUUCGUAGAUAUUUGGACAAAAAAUCGAAAGAAAUUAUAAAACCAAUGUCUAGUAUGAAAAAUAAAUUUCAUCACUAUCUCUUAAAAAAUAAAAAUCAACAUACCAACAGAUUAAAAAAAUAUUUUCAAAGUAAACUCCGUAAAAGGCGAGAAUUUUUAAAACAGCAAGUAACUAUUAAGAAAAAAUCUCGAUAUGGAAGAAAAUUAUUAAUGCAUAAUAAAUUUGUAAAACGACAUACAAAACAUGAAGCUGCCAUUAUUAAUGACAAUUUCAAUACCCAUACUGAUCCAGCUAACGGAGACGCUGCAUUGAAAGCUAGAUUCUUAUUUAAAUCUUGUAUGAAUUAUGAAAUUUUACAGAAACGCGGCCAUAAACCGCUUUUAGAUUUAUUAGAGCUUUUGGGUGGUUGGCCUAUAUUAAAUCGACAAUGGAAUGCCGAGAAUUUUGACUGGCUGGAACUAAUGGCAAAAUUGCGUUUGUAUAAUAAUGAUAUUUUAAUAUCAGAAUGGGUUGGACCGGACAUUAAAAAUUCAGAUGAAUUUGUAAUUCAAUUUGAUCAAACCAGUUUAGGGUUACCAACAAGAGAUUAUUUUCUUCAGGAUGCGAACAAAGUAUAUUUAGAGGCCUACCAAACUUAUCUCACUAAGAUUGCACUUCUACUUGGCGGAGAUCCUGUACAUGUAAAAUUAAACGUUGAUCAACUGAUACAAUUUGAAAUAAAGUUAGCUAAAAUAACCUCAGCACCAGAAGACAGGCGUAACGUUUCCGAAUUAUAUAAACGAAUGCCGCUUCACAAAUUGGAAGAACUUGUCCCAGAGAUUAAAUGGAGAAGAUACUUAUGUAUUGUAAUGAACCGAACCGUGCAACUUGAUGAAACUGUUGUAUUGUUUGCACUUAAUUAUGUCAGGCAUUUAGUUCAGUUAAUAAAGGAGACCGAGUCAAGUACUUUAUCAAAUUACCUGCUGUGGCGAUUUGUGAGACACAGAGUCAAUAACCUGGACGACCGCUUUCAGUCCGCUAAACAACACUUUUAUUUCAUACUAUUUGGUCGAGAACAAGCUCCGCCAAGAUGGAAGAAUUGUAUAUCCCAAGUGAACUCCAAUAUGGGUAUGGCAUUGGGAUCUAUGUUUGUACGGAAGUACUUUGACGAGAUGAGCAAAAAUGAUACAUUAACAAUGACCAGAGAAAUACAACAAUCGUUUAGAGAGCUCCUUCAUUUGACUGAUUGGAUAGACGAUAAGACAAAAACAUUAGCCGCUCACAAAGUAGAUGCCAUGAUGCUUAGAAUAGGUUAUCCUGAUUUUAUUUUAAAUAAAAAAGAACUGGAUGAUCGAUAUAAAGAAGUGAAAAUACAUCCAGAUAAGUAUUUUGAAAACAUUUUAAAUAUUCUACAACACUUAACAAAAAUGGAACAGUCACGCAUCGGACAACCAGUAAACAAAACCUUAUGGAAUACAGCACCAGCUGUCGUGAAUGCUUACUAUAGCCGUAACAAAAAUCAGAUUAUGUUCCCGGCUGGCAUUCUGCAGCCUCCUUUUUAUCACAGGCAUUUUCCUCGAUCUCUAAACUACGGUGGAAUUGGAGUUGUCAUUGUAAUUUCAGGACAUGAAAUAACCCAUGGUUUCGACGACAAAGGUCGUUUAUUUGACUGUGACGGCAAUCUCCACCGAUGGUGGUCAGAUUCAGCUAUUGAAUCAUUCCACCGUCGAGCUCAAUGCCUUAUAGACCAGUAUGGACAGUAUGUAGUCCCUGAAGUUAAUAUGAGGCUUGAUGGAGUGAAUACACAGGGUGAAAACAUAGCAGAUAACGGAGGAGUGAAACAAGCAUUUCGAGCUUAUUUACAUUGGCUGCAGAAAAAUGGUGCAGAUGAUGAAACCUUGCCAGGGCUCAACCAUACACACACUCAGCUGUUCUUUCUUAAUUUUGCACAGGUAUGGUGCGGUGCAAUGCGACCAGAAGCGAUGCGGAACAAACUGAAGACAGCAGUGCAUUCGCCAGGAAGGUUUCGCGUCAUAGGCACCCUCUCGAAUUCGCACGAUUUUGCUAGAGAGUUCCGAUGUCCACCCGGUUCACCUAUGAACCCCACAGAUAAAUGUACUGUAUGGUGAUUGAGAAUUGCUACCACUCAAAUGACGCGACAUAUGUGCUCAAUGUUACCAUCCAUAAGCAAAUUAUACUUUUUAGACAUCUUUGAUCAAAAAAAGUAUAAUAAAACUAAGUACAUUAUGGAACUAGUUUUGUGUAUAAAAAUAACUUCAUAAUAAAAAUCCAGUUUAAGAUAUAGCUAACUACAAAAUAAUAAGUACAAUUGAAAAAAAAAAAAAAAUAUAUAUAUAUAUAUAUAAAACAUUCUUCAACGUCACGAAUAGAAUUAUAAAAGUUUGAGGGUACUUUUCGAAGACAAAAAUUAUACUCUAUUAUCUAAUUUUCAAUCAGAUAGAAAAAUCGUUUUAAUAUACAAAAAAAAAAAAUACUCAUAGAUACCAAAUACCAACUGGUUAAGGAAAAAGUCUGAAGAUCCUCGAUGUCACUUUAUUUGUUAGCUUUGAUCAUAAUUUAAUGGCAGUAAUAUCGUUUUAUUCCAAUAUAUUGAUUAUAACAUACUCGAAACUAUAUUAUAAUAUAUUAUAUGAUCUGAACAAUAAAAAAUUACAAAAUAUAAAGGGAUAGGGGAGUAAGAAAUUAUUAAAACGCUCAAAAUUUACAGAAAUAAAAUAUUUAAUUUUAAGUUUUUCUAUUAAUUUUGUAAAUCGUACCAAAGUUAAUAAGUGUGAUAUUGAAAAAUGUAAACUAUAGCUUUAAUAUUAGUCGUCUCAAUGUGAUUUAUGUUAUUAUAUACAUUUUACCUCAAUUUAUUAUACUUAGGCUUUUCAUUAAAUAAAAUUAUAUUAAAAUAGUUCUUUUUAUUUUACUAGGUAUGAUAAAAUUGUAUAAAAUGAAGGUAACAUACGAAUAUC